AUGAGUCUUGUCUUAAACCAACGGGCCAUGAUAGAAAAAAACCCAAGAAUAAAACGUCAGAUUAAGUUUUUUAUCCUACGAAGACUGCAUGAACACUAUCAUUUUGAGAUGUAUGGAAUAUUUAGAAUUAAUCUAAGACAAUUACAUUCUUUAUUCAGCAUAGCAAUUGGUUAUUUAGUAACAAAAACUUUGUUCAAAUUGAAUAGAAAUUAA